AUGGGCUAUACUACACUGGUUGCCACCCUAGUGUUGCUGGUCAGCCAAGUACGCGCCUCUAGUUCUGCUCCGUCUGACUCUACGGACUCUGGGAGUCCUGCUUCCUCUUCUGCCGCUCCGUCUACCUCCGUCCAAUGGACGAGCCCCGCAGCGGGAGACACGUUCGGCCCUGGUGAACGUAUCAACAUCAAGUGGCAAGCCCCCGGAAAAACUUCAUCACCAUCGUUUCGUGUCUGUGAAGAAAGUGGGGAUUGUGGUUCGACAAUAUGGCCGCAGAUCCAGCAGACUGGCGAGGUUUACGCCACAAUAGUGACAGCACCCAAGGCAGAGACACAAUCUGGAUACUACCUCCAGAUGACAGAUGAUACGGGGCAAGUGACGAACACGCCUGUUUUCAAUCUCAGCCCAAAUCCUCAAUCUGCUUCUACGGCAUCCAAUACUGGCACCGCUGAGCCUCCUAGCGCUGACACUGGCAACAACGACCCGCCAGCUAGCCCAACUACAGUAUCCACGCCAGCGCCCCCCAAUGCACCUAAUCAAGACCCUAUGUCCAUACCCGCCACUCCUGUAAAUUCGACCGAACCCGUUACGCACUCCCCGAUAUCCGCCGCAGUUACGCACAACCAACCUCCAACAUUGGCCCUCGCUAUUCCUCUGUCUAUCGUCGGCGCCAUCCUCCUUGCCGCCCUCGUGCUCGCAUGUCACCAUCGGCGCAAGCUAGCUGUCGAUCGAGCAAAUGAGGCCAUACUCCUCCGAGACGCUGAACGGAGCGUCAGCGUGCAAGGCUUUGGUGGGUUCCACGGCCAGGCUGCACUGGACGAGCUGUCGAGACGGUCGAGUCUUGUCAGCAGCGAGUCUACUAGAUUCAACGAGAAGGCGCCGCUUCCCAAGCUCGAUAUGGACGUUGAAAAGGCGCUUCUCAUCAGUGCCCUUUUGACCAAGAUGAACGGACCAUCCGACUCCCCCGCAGACACCCGCCCAUCUUCCAUUCGCACGUCUCUUCCUCCACCCUCGCCACCCCGCGAACCAGAACCACGGGCAUCCACGCGCCAGCCGUUCCCCGCGCACCUUAUUCCAGGUCUCUCUCUCAAUCGCGAAAUUCCAGCACCCUCUGCUAUGCCGUACCAAAGCGUCCUCAGUCGUUCACAGUCGCAGAAACUCUACCAGUCAGGUUUGGAAUCGGCUCCAUCACUAGCGACUAUUCCGGAAUCGGCAUCGAUAACCUCGGACGUCCUCUCAUCGUAUCUCACUUCACCAGUACUUGAUCUUCACAAGGACACAUCUGUCGAGUCUACUCAUCCGCAGGCUCCGCCUACGGUGCCGACUUUCUCAAGGUGUACGACCUGGGCCACACUCCCCAUUCCACCUGCCCUACGCGUUCAUCCAGAUUCGGUAGGGAGGAAAGUGGUCAAAACGAUGCCUUCAAGGGAGGAGGAAGGAGACAAUCCCAUAGAUCGCGUGAGAGCUUGGGCGACCUCCGGGACUUCACUGUACAGGAACAAUUCGUCGGCCUCGACGUUGGUCGCUUCUGCGUCUCUGGGCUCUGCAGACCGUGAGAAACCUCUUCCUCCAAACCCGUCUCAGGCGACUCGUGCAUGA